UCGCUCUCAUCAUUGUCUCGUGAGGUUUUGAUCUCCAGCAGCAUCAUGCCUGAACCAGCGAAGUCCGCGCCGAAGAAAGGCUCCAAGAAGGCCGUCACCAAGACCGCCGCGAAAGGAGGAAAGAAGCGCAGAAAGUCCAGGAAGGAGAGCUACGCCAUCUACGUGUACAAAGUGCUGAAGCAGGUUCAUCCUGACACCGGGAUCUCUUCGAAGGCGAUGGGCAUCAUGAACUCUUUCGUCAACGACAUCUUCGAGCGCAUCGCCGGUGAGUCGUCUCGUCUCGCUCACUACAACAAGCGCUCCACCAUCACUUCCCGAGAGAUCCAGACCGCCGUGCGUCUGCUGCUGCCCGGGGAGCUGGCCAAACACGCCGUGUCCGAGGGCACCAAGGCCGUCACCAAGUACACCAGCUCCAAGUAGAGCUCCGCUGCAGCUCCACACACAAAGGCUCUUUUAAGAGCCACACAA